UGAUGAUGCGCUUGAAUGAGCCGCGGGGUGUGAGCAUUGUCAGCUGAAGGUUCUCCGCGAUGACGGAUACUCCGAUGGCCCAGCAGCAGCAUCAUCCGCAUCCCUGAGCGCCCAGCAUCAGCACCAGCUACCCCAUCCAUCCAUCCAUCCUCCAUGCUCCAGCAUAGGCGCGCAGAGCCAGCAGCGCCUAUCGGUUUACUCUCUUACCCUCCGCUGUCUUCCACCAUCCUCCGCGUCUGAAGCUGUUCUCUCUCCAGCAUCCGAUUGCCGUGUCCCGUCUUUCAUCUUCCAGGAUGUUCUCCGUCACACGCAUGCUGUCGAUGGUUCUCAUCGUUGGAAACGUAAUGCUCCAAUAUGUGUCAUCUCAGAACGCUGGGUUUGUGAAGUCGCCAAUGUCAGAGACUAAGCUCACGGGAGACGCCUUUGAGCUGUACUGCGAUGUGGUCGGUAACCCAGUGCCGGAGAUCCAGUGGUGGUACGCUGAUAUUAACCGGGCGGACUCCUUCAAGCAGCUGUGGGACGGUGCCCGCAAACGCCGGGUGUCGAUCAACACAGCAUAUGGUGCCAAUGGUGUCAGCGUGCUGGCCAUAUCACACCUCACGCUGGAGGACGCAGGAGUCUACGAGUGCCGAGCCAGCAACGACCCGCGUCGCAACGACCUUCGCCAAAACCCGGCAAUCACCUGGAUCCGAACGCAAGCCACCAUAUCCGUGUUGCAGAAGCCAAGAAUCAAUGCUUCAGAUCAGGAGAUUUUGCAGCCUAAAGCUGCACAGGAAGUGCCCAUCACGCUGCAGUGUAACCUCACCAAUUCGCACAGCACGCACCGAGAAACGUUCUGGAUGAAGAACAAACAAGAGAUUCCCUACACACGAACAGAAUACAAAAACACCUUGUACAAGAUAAAUAAACCGAGGGCAGAUGAUUCUGGGGAAUACAUGUGUGUUUACACCUUUAAGUCGGCUCCAAAUGCCAAUGCUUCCAUUGAGGUCAAAGCUGCUCCAGAAAUCACAGGCCACAAACGAAGUGAGAACAAAAAAGAAGGAGAGAAUGCAAUGCUGUAUUGCAAAUCAGUAGGAUAUCCACAUCCUGUUUGGAUGUGGCGUAAAAAAGUGGGCAGCGGAUCUUACAUCGACAUUGAUAACAGCACUGGCCGAUUCUUCAUCAUCAGCAAAGAUAAUUUCACAGAGCUGAGCAUCACCAGCCUGGACAUCAGCACGGAUCCAGGCGAAUACAUCUGCAAUGCUUCAAACAUCAUCGGCUCGAAAGAGUCCAUGACCAUCCUGAGGGUGAGGAGUCACCUCGCCCCGCUGUGGCCUUUUCUGGGCGUCCUAGCUGAAAUCAUCAUUCUGGUGGUCAUUAUUGUGGUUUACGAGAAGCGCAAGAGGCCAGACGAGGUUCCUGAUGACGAUGAACCAGUUGCACCAAUAAAAACCAACUCUACAAACAACCACAAAGACAAAAAUGUACGACAGCGGAACACCAAAUAAGCUGACGGACCAAUGUACUGUAGAAGAAUACUGAAGAUGACCAACUGCAUAUCCCGACUUCGGACAUAUCCAAAGAGAGGAGACGCUCAUGGCGAUUUUCAGUGACGCAUAUCCUGCCUCACGAGGUGAAGAAAACAACAAACAACUACAGCAUUACACUGGCAGAAAUGAACAAUUUAAGUAUGCCUUAUUCAGGCUAAGGGUCUGUGCGAAUGUGUGGACAGACACUGACCGAAUCAUUCUAAAGGUGACAAUUUUCUUUUUCUCCAUGUGCUGUUUAACACUGCAUUUCUUUCUUUUAUCAUGCCCACCUGCUGCACUGAAUCAUUUUCAUAUCUACAUGUUGUCUCGAAUGCAUGCAAUAACAUAAUCGAAUAAGAUUCAAAUAUCGUUUUUCUAUUGUUACUUGUUACUUUAAGUGGUGUUGCAUCCAAUGAAUAACCCUUGUGUGUGUUUGAGGAAGUAUGUCAGCAUAUCAGCGUGUGCGAGUGUGUGUUUUUAAUUCAAUUUAAAUGGAUAAAAAAAAAAGAAACAUCGAGACCUUUGUACAAUUUAUCAUCCAAUAAAACAAUACUAAAAGGAGGUGUUUUGUCUUAAAGUAGACUGCGAGAACCUUGUUGUGAGUGGCAGAGCAGUAUUUAAUCAAAAAGAGCUGAUAUUGUAUUAAAUGACUAAAUGAAAUGGAUACAUGUAACAUUUAUUUUCUAGAGUUAUUUAGAUAUCUUGUACAUUGUGGUGCUGUAAGUGUUCAAAUAUUAUGAUAGCAUCUGUAAAAAGGAAAAGACUUAUUUCUUUUUUUUAUAUAACUUCAAUGUCUUUCAUGUUUCUUUUUAGAGAAGAGUUAAUUCUUGUACAGCAUGGCUAUAAUCCUAUGCAAUAUGUAUUCAUAUAGACCUACUGACAAUUGUAAGGUGGGGUGGAUUUGUUUAAUUUCAGAGAGUAAUAAAAAAAAAGCUUUAACAGGACAGGAACAUACAGUAGGGGUGCUUCGCAUUUGAAAUGCACUGCUGUAGUUGCAUGUCAACUCCUGAUCAAUACGGUGUGUCACGAUGACAAUGGACCAACAUUCAAGGGAGGAAGUGGGUGGAGCUAAAGCCAUUACAAACUAUGUGAAAACAAUUGUUUCCUUUUUCAGAAUAAAGAUUCCAAAAUAUA